CUACAAGUCCAAUGAAUGUUGAAUGUAUGGCGUUGUGCAUUUAUCGCUUAGUGGUUGUGAGUUAAAAGACGUCAAAGCUUGUGCAGAUUCGAAUCGAAUAAAAAUAUAAGUUCUGCUGAACAAGACGUAUCAGUAGCUUUUGUAAAUUUAAAUUUUGCCUCAGAUAUGGAUGGCACUAUAUCGGGAGGUAUACUACAUGGCUAGAGUCAAUCGCGUAACAGUAGGAAGGUAACUCUGCUGAACCUAUAUAAUAGAAAAGAAAGAAAAGAAAAUUGUAAACCAUUCAAUUAAAACAAAUUAAGAUUAAAAUUUGUAUUAUCAAUAUAGCUACAAAAACAAAGUUAACUAAGGAUAAAAUCAUGCCAAAACCAAAAAUAGCCAUCCGAGAAAAGAAAGAAGAUUACAAAACUUCUAAUUUUAAUAUAUUAAACAGCACAAGUAAAGUUAUAACUGAACCAGUGCCAGGAAAUAUGUACAUAGCUUUGGAAGAUGGUAGAUUAGUUCCAAUAAAAUCCAGCCAAAUCACACAAAUUGUUUCUUCACCAGGGAAAUUAAUCAACCAAAAUUUACAAGAGGUUUCUACUUCUGGUGAUGAAAUUAAAUUAAAAGAUCUUCCUAUAAAAAUAGCUAAAUCUAUAUCAAUAUCUCCGGAGCUCACAAAGGAAGCUAUGGUAGUACAAACGGCACAGAGAACAUUAUAUGAAAAUAAACCUCAGACAAGCAAAAUUGUUGUAAAAAGAAAAUCUGACAAUGUGUCUGAUAUUCACCCAAAUAAAAAAAUUAAUGAUGCUGAACCUGAACUUUCACAGAAAGAAAUAGAAAAUUAUGAUAUUAAAGCAGUCACAGACCACAUUGAUGUGUAUGAUCUCAGUGAUAAUGAAGAUGAAGAACUAAAUGAUCUUUUUACAGAUAACAACUCUCUUACAGAAAGUGGAGAAGACGAGUACACAACGCCUGAGUAUUUGUAUGAUGAACCACUAGAUGAUGGAAAUGGUGAAGAUAAUACAUUUCUUUCAGAUUUAGAGUAUUAUGAUGAUAAUGAUAGUAAUGUCCUUCAUGAAGAAGCAAAUAGCAAUGUACAUGAUUCCAGACUUGCAAGUUUAGGUAAGCAAGGUUCUGAUGAAGAAAUCAAUGAAGAUAAGAAAGUUAGCUGUGAAAAUCCAUCCAAGCUAACCAUUGCUAAACCAACUGUUAUAUUGGUAAAUACUCCCAAAGCUACUAGACCUGAUGGAAUAUUGAAACAUCGUUCUGAUGCUCAAUCCUCUUUGACGUUGAAAAUUGGUCCCAAAACAUCUUUAAAUAGCAUACAAAAAUCAGUUUCCACUCCACAGUGCUCAUCUACAAGAAAGUUUGCAGGAACAACAAAGAGUACAAAAACAGCAUUUUCAAAAAUUCCAAGAAUUAACGAAAGAUUUCCUGACCUCCCGAUCCCAACAAAUAUAAACCAGUAUGGAGACUGCCUAAAGACAAAGCUGGGAAGAUAUCACUAUGGGCUGACACUAAAUGAUCCUCCUACACAGUUUUUCCAAGGUGUGUUAAAAGGUGCAUCUGGUCAAACGCUGGCAGCCAUGUUUGGGGACAGCCAUCUCAUUUCAAGAUUCGAUGGGAUUCCUCUGGAGGAUCUGAGCCAUUUGGCAAUAGACACAACUUUUAGAGUGAUUCCUGAUUCUACAAUUGGAGUGAAUCAUGUGAUGACAAUCAGUUUGCUCUUUAACAAUCAGACAUAUCCAUUGUGGUACGCUAUCACUUCCUGUUCGUCCACAGAACUUUACAAAAGAAUCCUGAUAGAGUUCCAGCAACAUGCAUUGGACUGGCCUUUCAAGUCUAUUCUGCUCAAUGAUGAUCCAAUGUUAUGUAAAGCCAUACUUGCUGUCUUCCCAGAUAUUGAGCUAUAUGGAUCGUGGUACUUUUACUGUUAUAGCAUUUGGAAAGAAAUAAUAAUAAAUAACCUGACAGAGAGAUGUAAGCAAGACACAAACCUCAUGACUGCUGUCAAACUCCUCAUGGUGGUUCCGUACUUGCCUCCACUAAAGGACACGCCAUCCUCUAUCACCAUGUUUGAGGGGUUUCAAGUGGUGAAGGAUUUCGCUCGAGAGAACAAGUUACCAAAGGAGUUCUUCAGAGUAAUGGACUAUGUUGCUGCGUUUUGGUUCAAUAUUGUGAAAACCAAUAACUUCACAACUUAUGGAAAACAUACAUGCGCCCUUAAUUUUGUCGAAAUCACCCAACUUGCCUUGUUAGCGUAUAUGAAGCCAAAGGGAAAUGUGUGGAAUUUAACACAAUCCUUUCAGUGCGUUGCCAAAAUGACCAGUGCAGAAUUUGACAGAUAUCUGAAUGGCAAACCACCUGUGUUAAAGAAGAAUCGAGGAAGAAGAUUCAAUGUGCGGAUUCGCCAGAAUAUGAAGAGGCUACAGACAGGCAAUUACAAUGUGAAGAAAUUUCUUGAGAUGUCCAUCAUAUACUGUGAGGAAAUGCUGGACAUUUUUCUUCACCCCUUAUAUCCGACCUCUUUGUAUGAUAAAUCUAACUAUAUACACACAGAAGGGUGGAAAAUCAAAAUUAUUGAUAGCUAAACUUUCAAACUGAUAAUGAAAAGUCAGUAAAUUGCUAGUGCUACAGACCACGCUUGACCGCCAAACGUUUCAAUGUCGUAUGGUACAAAGACUGCUACAACAAAAAUGGCCGCUUUUAUAUGCUCACUUAUAUUAUAUUUGGAUGUCCAUCAUAUUUUGUGAAAUUCACUCCUGUUUUGUAGGUUCUCCUUGUAAAGUUUAUAAAAAAUAUUAAUAAUAACUAAUGUAUAAAGUGUUAUUUUUUAUUUACAUUAACUAUGCUUUUAGACUGUGUAUAAAAUUAAAAAAAUAUGUUCUUUCUUGAGAAAAAAUAAAUUAUAACAACAAAAAUAGCUUGCAAAAAAGUAGCCACGUAUUUUAGAAGUAAUAUAUUUACAUUUUUGUGGACGUAUAAAUAUAUGCAGCUAAGAGUUUAUAUAUAUAAAAGGGUGCGGCAGAAAGAACUCCCCGAUUUUAAAGCUGCGCUGCUUUGAGCGGGAAUGGUGUAGAGUGGUGGGGGUAGUGUUUUUCAUCUGCUGUGUACGUGCUAUUGUCAGUGCCAGCUAUGGCUUGGUCAGGUAUCUAUCAUGCUUUCGUCGUCGAUGAGUUUAUUAAAAAUGGUGGUUCACCGAUAGCUACACAGUGAUAAAAAAGCGAUUUACACGUGGACUCGAAAAUUUAGAGAAACAAUUUUUGCGUUAAAAAGAAAAUCUCCUGGCCAUCUCAUACUGCAACCGGACCCGAAAAUGUCACUUCGGUAAGAAAAUCAAUUUAGCAGUCACGACGGCACUCAGCAUAAAAACACGCGACAGCCGUGAUCCUACACUUGUUGGAUCUUAUAAAUAUAGGUCAAGAAAUGUCUUCUUUACCCACUAGCCACCAAUAUGUAUUUUUUAUAAAAAUAUCUUAAAAACUAGGAAGCUAAAGAUACUAAAUUUGGCACAUAAAUACAAAAGUUAAGAGAAAAGUUAAAAAAAAAACAGAGUUAUUUUCUUUAAUAUUAACAACAUGGUGUCUUUAAACAAAUUUUGAAAGUCAAAUAACAAAAAAUCCAGCAUAGUUAUAAAAAUGUACCAGGCAGCAACUAUUUGAACAAUUUAAUUACAAUUCUAACGGUACUUAUUCCAACGAAAUCCGUCAAGAAAUAAUCGAGUACGACUACUUUAUAGGUACGCUUGCUCAAGUCGGGAGUAGCAAACAUUUUGUCUUUUGAUAGGCAUCAAUCGUUUUACAUAAGUAAUACAAAUUUUACAAGAUAUGAACUAUUUUUCAACAUAUCAAUUCUAAUGGUACUAUUUUCAAUGAAAUCCGACAACGCUUAAGCAAGCACGGCUACUUUAAAGAUACACAUGCACAAGCCGGGAGGUACACAAAUAUGUCAGAUGGGAGGUAUCAGUUGUUUGUUGCUGCUGUAUACAAAUUAUUAUAUACAUAUGAAUAAAUAUAUAUAUAUAUAUAUAUAUAUAUAUUACUUUUUAUACUAUUUAAACAAACAAGUUUAUGUUUCAGAUGAGAGUAAAUUUAGACCUAUAUAUGAUAUUCAUCUCAAAUUAUUAUUUAGAUGAAUAUUAAUUCAUCUAAGUAAUAUGCAUAAAUUAUUUAGAUUAAUAUUAUUAAUUUAAAAUAUUCAUCUUUUCAUACACAAUAUAAAAUAUUCCUUCAGUUCAGUAUACAUAGUCUUAAAAUAAUAAAACAAUAUUUUAGCUUAAAUCUUUUUUUAUUUGGGUAUGAAAAGAUUUUAGACAUGUCUUAUUAUUUUAAAAUUUAGUAAAUAUUGCAGACGGAUUGUUUUUUAAAUUACAGUUUAAGAUAUAAAUCAGUUGUGGGUAAAAAAUGUACCGUUACAUAAUUAAAAGUUUACAUGAUCCUACAUUUACUAAAUCUUAGCCACUGUACUAAAUGUAAUAAAGAUGAGAACAAGUUGUGUAUAAAUGUGUUCAUAAUUGUAUAAUAAGAAAUCUGUAUACUUUGUAUAUAUUCGAUUUUGUAUUAAAACAUAAUUCUGUACA